AUGCAUCGACGGAGCAUCCGUCGGCUAGUAGCGCGGCGGAGCAAUCUUGCAGCGCCACAGCAGGAGGGAGUACCUUUGUCGAAUUGGCAGGUGUGGAAGAUGCCAUCAGAAGAUGGGCUGAGCAACGACGUUGAAUCGAUGGAGGUGUGGGGAGAAAUCGAUGUCCACUUCCAAGGAAUGUUCGCCAGAAACCCCAUACGCUACACCGGUGGAAUUACUCAGAGGUUUUCGGACAUCGAUUUCGCAGGAAUGGACAAGGAUGGGUGUGUUGCGUUCAUCAAAAGGUUCAUUGGGGAAAAGUGUGAGAAGCUCUAUUACUACCAACUUGAUAUUGAUUUUCCAAAAGGUUUGACUCUAAUUUGCAAUGACCCCGAUUAUUACGACUUCAUAGCAAUUGCAUAUGAAUGUGGUGUUAUACUCCCUAUGUAUGUAGACCAUUUUGGGAAUAGUAACAUACAUGAAUGGUUGGAUGAACACAAAGACAAGUUUUUUGGUAAUGUACAGGAAGAAGUACUUGAUGGUGCAGGACUGGUUAAGGAGGUUGCAAUAGGGCAUCGGGAUUUGGGUGACACAAACGAUGAGGAAGUGAAUGGCGACAAUGAUGACGACGAGGAUGAGGAUGUCGAUGACGAUGAGGAUGACCAUCAGAAGCCUCAUUUUUUUAUAAAGGGUAAUGAGAUUCAGGUAGACAUGGGUAAGAAAGCAGGUGUAGGUGAGUCUUUCGAAGAAGACAUGGGUGACAAUGAAGAUGUUUAUCCUGAAUUUCCAAACAUUUUCAAUGAUAAGCUUAACUGGAAGGAGUAG